UCUUAUUGUUUAGCCAAUUUUAAGUUAUUGGAAAUAACGUCGGUAAAAUAGAAGAAAUUGCAAGAACACAUUGCGUAGUCUACAAUUACGUCAUACAUUGUGUCCAAUGUUUGCAAACAUAACAUGUUGGCGACUAGCGAUAGUGAACUGUUUGAGCUCACAGCGAACAGAGAACACGACCAAAUGUCUACCGCCACUGUAUUUUUGUUUUUACUCGACAAUUUGCCCGAUUUCCAAAACUCUUUAAAUUUAACACUAGCUACUUUAUUAGAUAAAGAAGAUUUAUCAUUGGAAUUUUCUCUCAUACAUAAAUGUAACCCGACCGUCGCUCAGUCUGUGCUGAACGACAUCAAAAAUAAUGUCGAAGAAGAAAAAGUAUCACACGAAAAUGUAAGUGAUAUAAAACAUGAUGAUUUCAAAGAUGCUUUCGACGAAUUGUCUCCUGAAACUCUGUACAACAUAGGGACAGUGUUUGACAACACGAUGGAAGAUUCAGAAAAUAUUGAUUCAUAUGAAACUAAAAAAUAUAAUAAAACACCUAACAUUCGACCAGAUUAUCCGAAAUACUACAAAGAUCAGGAAGGAGAUGAUUUUGAUAUGGACAAUGCGAUAGAUUCUGAUAUCUUUGAAAGCAAAGUAAAACUUCCCGAGAGCGUGCCGUCUAUGGUCGCCAUGUUUGAAACGCUGUCAAAUGUUACCGCGCAAACUUGUGGCGGGACAUUGCUGUCCCCGCGAUGGGUUAUCACUACUGCUACUUGCUUGGACUUAUUGUCUGGUAACGGUUCGAAAUAUCAUAACUCAAGUAAAAGUGAAUACACGAUAGUUGCGGGCGCAAACAAUCCAUUGAACGAUGGGACAAUACAUCACGUCACUGAUAUGAUCCUCUUUCCCAAAGAGACGCUUAAAAAUAACGCUAGUAUUGUAGACAAUUUUGAUGGUACUAAGAGAACAGGCGUACACGUUGGCAACGUUACCUUGGCCCUGCUGAGGAUAACACCACCAGCGCACAUCCAGACAUUACCAAUAUCGCAUGUCCCAUCAAAGGGAGAAGAAGAUGUACAACUCUAUGGAUGGAUUUUAGUAAAAGAAGCAAAUGGUAAAGAAGUGAUGAAAGCAACGUCAAUUUCAGCUAAAACAAUGCGCUCCGAAGAGUGCGGGGCUAAUCUAAGCAAUGUAUAUCACGAGGCAAUGUUAUGUCUUAAUCCUAAAAGGAAGACGCGAAAGGACAUCGAAAGUAAAAUUAAACAGAUGCACUCAGGCGGGCCGGUGCUGGCGGCGCGCAACAACAAGCCCAUGCUGUUGGCAGUCGCACAGUUCGAGCUGCCGUCGCUCCAAGCGCCGCUCUUUGCGCACCCCCUCGCCGCACACGCCACCUGGAUUAAUGCAGUCAUAGCAUAUAAAUAAUAGUAACACUAUUAAGAAAAACAUUUUACAUCACUACAGUGUUUUGUUCUUCAAUUCUGAUAAUAUUGUUUGAUCUAUUCAAAGCUAGAUGGCGUUGUAACGAAUGGUAUUUAAAAUUAAAUAU